AUGAGCGAAGGUGAGAAACUCGAAUCAGAACGGCGAGAGGAGGGUGAAGAGGAGGACAAGGAGAAUCUAGACGAUUCGCGAGCCAACAGCUCGCUGACCAACUCGACGUUUCUAGCAUCGGGAAGAAUACAAAACGAAAAAGCAGAAGUCACUUCAGAAGGCGUUCUGGACUUGACGAAUCUCUCGCUGACGAACUUGGAGCGAAACUUCCACGUGGAAUAUGCGAAAGUGAAGAAUCUGGCGAUCAGCGGGAAUAAUUUACAGAAGUUCACCUAUAUGAAGUUGUUCCCGAAGUGUGAAAUUCUCGACGCCCAAGAUUGUCAAAUCAACAAGUUUAUCGCUGAUUUUAACUAUAAUUUACUAGAACUAUAUUUGUCACGAAAUCAACUAAAAGAAACGAAUCAAUUAGGAAGGUUCGAGAAUUUGAAAAUUCUCGAUUUAUCAUCGAAUUUAAUCGAGGAUCCAGUGGUUUUUACGCUGAAAACGCUGGAAAUUCUGAAUCUAAGCUCCAAUUAUUUGACUGAAAUCCCGGAUUUGAGUAAAUGCGUAUCGUUGAGGUCGCUGAAUUUGGCGGAGAAUAAAAUUGCGGAUCUUACGGUAACAGGGAAGCUAAUUGGAUUUGAAAUCAAUAGAUUUUUCCAGAAAAUCUCAAAUUUAAUCAGCCCGACAAGCCUUCAAAAACUGGAUAUCUCCUCGAAUUCUAUCGACGAUCUUUCUCAGUUUUCAACGUUUUCGCAAUUCAAAAAAUUAGAUGACGUGGCAGUUGCUGAAAAUCCUUGCAUCGUUGAAGUCGUCGAAUCCGACAAAUUCGAAUAUCGGUCCUAUAUCGUUGCCUGCUGCUCGGAGGCUUUGACAUCUAUUGACCAUGAAAAAAUCCAAGAUCACAUUCAAACAGAAGGCGAGUGGCUUACGCUUCAAGGCGGAAUCAAGAAGAUCGGUCCGGGUAGCCACGUGGCACUGUGCGAACAAAUCGCAUCGCACUUCCCGAAAGCCGAGAAUGGACCUCCGACGCCGGCGCAGAAGUCGUGUCACAAAGCACUGGAGAAGAGGAGGUCGAUGGCUGUGGAACCUUCUGGGGAUUCAUCGGUUCGAAGCGAGGACACUGUGAACUCGGUCUACUCACCGUUCCGCGAGUGGAAUGGGAAGAUCGGGAAGAAUUUGAAUUUGAGGAGGACGCCUGGAAGUGUGGGGAAGAAUAAUUUGCGGAUGUGCUCACCGCCAGAAGCCAGGAAGAAUCGAUCGUUUACAUUUCAAAAUUCUGCCAACCAACUGGAGUCCUUCAUCGCCACGCCUUCACCUACCCAACGUCUUCAAGAAUCCACACGAACCACUUCAACAGAAACCGUCAUCUGUUCGGCUAGAACGGAGCUCAGUUUCACUGUGGACGGCCGAAGCGAAUCCACACCUCUUCCGAUUAUUGAAACGCCAACGAAACUGCCAGAACGUCAAUUGACUCCAAGUGUAGCUGAAGUGUCUUUCGCUUCUGACGAAACUGAGGAAUUAAAAAAUCGAGUGAGGGCUUUGGAGCAAAAAGUGACGGAGUUGAGCAAGCAAAAUGAGACACUGACGGCGAUCAACGAUGCGCUGGUGGACAUUCUGGAGACGUUCAAAACGGAGCAGGCGAAUAUGUGGAAAGCGAUUCGGAGUCAGAUUCCGACGCCACAGAAUAUGACGAAUUCAUUAGUCUGUGAAACUGAGGAAGGGCAUCAUGUACAUCAAGUGAAAUGGGACAUGCCUUUAGUCAAGGGAUAUCGAAUCUUCGUGGACGGUAGUUCGUGUGGAGAGGUUGUUGGGAAGAAUCAGUCGGCGAGGAUAACCGAUUUGACAGCAGAUGAGCCGCAUUUCGUGCAGAUUCAACCGAUUGGAAAUAACGGAGAGAGUGGGGAAAUAUCCAAGAAGCUUCAUAUCAAACCACCGCCCCAGUGA